CUUGGAAGCAGUUCGCACUGUGCAGAGGAAAGUUCUGGUGCAGGUUCAAUCCUCUGCCCUUUGUAAUCCGAAGUUUUCUCAUUAUUGUUACAUUAUGCUUAAGAGAAUCACAAACUGAGGUCGACUCAUGUCCACCUGUGGCACAAUAUACGCCAACGAUCCUCCACCCGCUCUCCUCGCCCUGGCGAUAUGUCUGCGCGUCGAUAAUUCUGCCGCCAUCAGCUUUGUAUGCCCGGAUGUAAAACCAUACAACACCACUUGCCGACCGUUGCGUCUACUCAGAGGCACGGUCUCGCAUAGCCCGUCAAGCCAAAACAUGCCAUCGGGUUCAGCAUUGUUCACGCGCUGUCGACGCGCCGCAACACAGAGGCACGGUGCAGCGCUGCACCUUGCGGAGCACGCGCCUCGUCUCGGCGAGCUCGUCGUUCAGGUCGCCCGCCUCGACCGUCAUCUCGUGCAGCCGGCGCAUGCACGUGUGGAGCGCCUCGGUGAGCGCGUCGAUGUCGGCGCGCGAGGUCGCGCUGCACGACAGCGAGUUCUUUCUUGGCGGAUGCGAGCUUGGCGGGGAGAGCUGGGGAGGUCAUGCGGAAGGUGGAGGUUGGGGUGUGGCGCCGUGAGUAGGUGAAGUGGAUUGGGGGAGAGAGAACGGUGCGGUGAGUGUGUGGGCGUGCUGUGGUUGGUCUCUGUCCUGCUAAAUUCAGUAUCUGAGUCGGGAGGUGCCCCGGUCAUGAUCGAGUCCUUGUCACCGCUGGCCUCGAAUGCAACAUGCUCCCCUAGACCGACCCCACCGUCCGCGGCAGGCCACGAUCGCCCUCUGUGGCUGCGGAUGAACCCUCGUAGCCUCCUGUUCUCCUAAUAUUGCGCGACGUGCGCCGAAACAAACCAGCCUGCAACACA